AAAUCAGAGGGCUAUCUAUUUCUUCCAUCAUCCCUUCCUUUCCUUCUGUCAUCCGAAACCAGCCUGCGAGGUAAACGGAUAUAAUAAUUUUAGGUCGCAGGGGAUCCGGAUCGGGAGUGGGACUAAAUCCCCGAUAAGUUUAAACCGGGACAAGAAGAUGUCGGCGUGUAUGUAUAGCCCUCUUGCUCUGUCUUCUCCAUCGACUAUUCGGAAAUCGACAUUUGGUUUCCGCUCCAAAUCGAAGCAGCUCGCAGUCCGCUGCACUGUUGGGGAAUUUGUUGGAGAACCAAAAGUUACUAGUGUUGCUGAGCCACUCCUGCUACAUGCUGUUCGAGGAGAAAAAGUUGAAAGACCACCAGUUUGGUUGAUGAGGCAGGCAGGGAGGUACAUGAAGAGUUAUAAAAAGAUUUGUGAAAAGUAUCCUUCUUUUCGUGAAAGAUCAGAAAAUGUUGAUCUCGUUGUAGAAAUCUCUCUACAACCAUGGAAAGUUUUCAGGCCUGAUGGGGUUAUUUUAUUUUCAGACAUCCUUACCCCUCUUUCUGGGAUGAAUAUACCAUUUGACAUAAUAAAGGGAAAGGGUCCAGUGAUAUACAGUCCUUUAAGAACAGCUGUAGAUGUUGAUCAGGUGACAGAAUUUGUUCCCGAGGAGGCAGUUCCAUAUGUUGGGGAAGCAUUGACUAUAUUGCGGGCAGAGGUUAAAAGUGAUGCUGCUGUGCUGGGCUUUGUCGGGGCUCCUUUCACCCUGGCAUCUUAUGUUGUUGAAGGUGGUUCAUCUAAGCACUUCACAAAGAUAAAGAGUCUGGCUUUCUCUCAACCAAAGGUUCUACAUUCUCUGUUACAGAAAUUUACAAACUCUAUGGCAAAGUACAUUAAGUACCAAGCAAACAAGGGGGCACAGGCAGUCCAAAUUUUUGAUUCCUGGGCAACAGAACUUAGUCCUGUGGAUUUUGAGGAGUUUAGCCUACCUUAUUUGAAACAAAUUGUGGAUUCUGUUAAGGAAACACAUCCUGAUCUGCCUUUAAUCCUUUAUGCAAGUGGGUCUGGGGGCUUGCUUGAGAGAGUUCCCUUGACUGGCGUUGAUGUUGUCAGCUUAGACUGGACCGUUGAUAUGGCUGAAGGUCGGAGACGGUUGGGAUAUGAUGUUGCAGUCCAGGGAAAUGUUGACCCUGGCGUUCUUUUUGGUUCAAAAGAGUUCAUAACCAAGCGGAUUCAUGACACAGUAAGAAAAGCUGGUAGUUAUAAGCACAUAUUGAACCUUGGCCAUGGCAUUGUAGUAGGAACCCCAGAGGAAAAUGUAGCACACUUCUUUGAAGUUGCAAAAGGCAUCAGAUACUAAAUAUUGUUUUUUUUUUUCAUUUACAAUUGAUUUUUGUAGUUUUUUGUCAAAAUUAGUAUUUUUGUUAGCUUGAGCUUAGAUGCAAAAAAUUUGAGGAAUUUUUAUUUGUAAGUAUUAUAAAGAGCCCCAAAACUGAAAUUUUUCUGAUAGAUUCAGUGUCU